AUGCUUAGGUGUUUGUCAUAUCUAUUAGGUGAUAAGGAAAGUAAAAGGAAAGAGAAAUCCCCUGGAACAGCUGCCACAGCUCAAGUGGUUGUUAUAAGAGAACUCAAGUGGGAUCAUCAAGUAUGUACUAUUAAUUUUUAUGAUUUCUGCUCAUUUAGUUCCAGUCACUCAGCCCCUAUUUGAAAGUCGUUUACCGUAAACGACCUAAUAAACGUCUACUUCUAAUUAAAGCACCCUCAAUGCUGUUAAAAUUUUAUUAGAUGCCCUCUGUAAUAAACGCCCCUGUCUAAUAGUUAGACGGCUCCCCAUAAGAAUUACUCCAAAACACUAGGAAUUAGCAAAAGGAGCAAAAUCAUUCAAUUCAUUCAGUUUCUUGCUUGAUUAGCAAGGGUAAAUGUGUAUUUCAUCUUGUUCAAUGUCAAGUUAAAAGUGCGGAUAGACUAACGAUGCCAACACAAUAACAAUGAACAAGCAUUCUAACAUCAAUGUUGGGAUUUGAAAAAGAGCGAUAAUAUAGAUCUCUAGACGGCCUAGACGUAUCAAUUGAUAGAGUGGAUAUUCCGCUAUUUUUAAACUCUCUUGAUAUUUUUGCUGAAAGCAUGUUAGGUUUGUUGAGCUUGUUACAGUUAUGAGAAUAAACCCUUCUCUCUUUUAAACGCCUCCUUUCUAUUAAAGACCCCAACCUUGGACCCCUAGAAUUAACUAGACACCCUGGGUGUUUAUUAGGUCAUUUACAAUAACCCCCCCAAAUUAAAGUGCCUAUCACCCGUAUUCAGUUAUAUUAAAUUUCGAACAUUUAUGUAGUUUAAAGAAUUUUUGCAAAGAAAUAAAAGUUAUUUUGCGUUUCAACACACUUUUAUCGAAGGACAAAAUUGGCAAUUUGAGGCUAAUUUCUUGUCAUAUUUAUUCAAAAAAGAGUGAUUGAGAGACUGGGCACUAAAUGCUUGUGAUGUCAACCGGGUAUCUUGUAGCCAAUCAUGUUAUUGCUGAGGUACCGGGUUGACGUCACAGACUACGCGACCCAGUCCCCAAUAAGGCACAUUUUUUACUUCGUGAACCGGGAUUUUGAUUGCUUGUUAAAAAUCAAGAUUGAGCUCAAAUCCCAUUCUAUUGCUUGUUUUUGCAUGUUAUAUGUUUCUACUUCUUAAAAAGAAAGAUAUUGGCUAUGGGUUAUAGGCACUUUAAGUCAUUAUUUUUUUCAUCUUAAAGAUUUUAGCCCCGUACUUGUAGAUGAGAUAACUUUGGCUCUAACGUUUCUGUUAUCAUAUCAGUUUUGUCAUUCAAACAAGACAUUUACUGUUAGGUUUCAAAAUAGUAAAGCUUAUCCUCCUGUCUUCCUCACAGAUUUUGCCAAUUGGGCAAAAAGUGCAAGAUCCACUUCUCCACCUUUGUGAAAAGGGCUCUCUCCCUAUCCUUGUUUGUGGCUACUGGUAUGUAUAACAAGUAUUUACAAGUAUGUACUCCUUUACCAGGGUGCAAAGAAAGUCGUGUCUGAUAGCCCGGGACUAGUGGAUUUUGUUAUCAGGCUAGUGAAUUCUGUUCUCAAUUUACCCUAUUGGCAAAUGGAUUUUUUUUAGGAAAUUCACAUUACAGGAAAACUGUAAUCAAUCCUGCUCAUGAAAAUUUUUUUCGGGUUAAUUAAAAUGGCUCUUGGGCUGGUACAAUGUACAUGCUAGUUGCAGCUUGCACGUAUGGCAAGCAAUGCAAAACUGACUUUCUUUGCACCCUGUUUACUCCACGAGUUAAUGACAUAAUCUCGUGAUGUAUGAAUGCACUGAGGCUCUUGUUUGUUAGUCUGUGGAUGAAAGUCUUGGUGUUAUCUUCUAAAUUCUCUUUGAUGGAACCUCUGCAAGAUUUUUUUUUUAAUAAUAAUAUUUUUCUGGAGCUCUCAGUUUUUCAUUUUUAUAACUCCAGUGUUAUUCUGCUGGUGUAUCUCCUAUGGUAUCUUGUGAUCAGUACUUGAACUGUUGUAACAAAAUUGUUGUAGAAUUUAGUGGUAUCCAGAUCAUUGAUUAUAGUGGAUAACUGAUAAAAAAACCUCCAGUAACUGGAUAUUGACGAGGCCUUAUACACCUACUGGUGCGAUGAGACAUGAUGAUGAUGAUGAACUGGAUAUUGAUCGUGGAAAAUGUUCACAUGAAUAUCCACCCAAAAUAAAAAUAAAAUUUAUAGUUGACAAAUCAUGUCUUUUAGAAUAUUAAAACCUGGGCGCUGUAUUUUUAAUGUCUCAUACAGUGAUGCAGCUUUAAUGCAUUGAUGACCCUUUUCUGAUACCUUUCAUACACGUAUGUUUUUGUCAUGUUCCUGGAAAUAAUGUGCAUCAAUGGCCCUGCUUAACUCUCUUUAGGUUUGUAAGGGUAAGUUUGUUCACAUUCAAUUGUACACAUUGUGUUAAGAUGGGUAAAAGAAACAUGUAGGUAAUUAUGAUUUAAAACGAGCAUUAAGUCCAAUUGUAAGUACAGCCCAAAAAUCUGGGUGUAUAGAAAAACACUUUCUACAUGACUGUCUUGUUCAUGUACCCUUCAAAAUUAAUAAUUUAUGCCUUCCUUGUCUUUAUUUCAGA